GCCCCCCGCCCCGCCCCGGCCCGGGCAGCCCGGAACAUGCAGCCAGUGCCCGUCCGAGAGCCGUCUGCCGCGCUGUGCCGUCGUGAGUGCGCGCUGUGAGUGAGCGAGUGAGUGCUAGACCCUGUGAGUGCUAUGGAGCUGAGCUGAGCGGCUGAGCGCCGCUGUGAGUGUGUGAGUGCCGUGCAUCCGGGACCGGGACCAUGUCGAUGUGCAGCGUGUCCGUGAACGUGCAGUACUUGGACGGCGGGGCGAGGGUGGCUGCCGUGGGGGGCGGCGCCGCCACUGCCGACUUCCAGGGCCUGCCCCCGCCGCCGCCGCCAAGCCCCGCCACGCACGCGCUGCCCCUGCUGGGCAGCCUCAACGGCCACCAUGGACUUAACAACAACAACAAUAACAACAACACCAGCAACAACAACAUGAACGGUGGAUUACCCUCGCACAACAACAUCGCGCACCGGCAGCUGCAGCACCACCUGCCCGCGCCGCAGCAUCACCUGCACCAGCUGCACCAGCUGCAGUCCAGCCCCGUGACCGAGGACUCGGCCGCGCGGUGGACGCACUACCAGCAGCUGUGGCGCCAGCACCAGAUCAUCCUCAACGGUAAUAAAGAUGCCUGGCUUGGUUCCGAGAAGCCUAGCAAGUCGGGGGCGGGUAAGGAGAGCCCCGAGCAGAAGAAGGAUGACACCGAGCUGUGGAGCCAAGUGGAGGCCCAGGCUGCCUUCCUCGGGCCAAACCUGUGGGACAAGACUCUGCCCUACGAUGCGGACCUUAAGUACGUGGACCUGGAUGAGUUCCUGUCCGAGAAUGGCAUACCAAUGGACGGACCGGCGCCUCAGCAGGCACCAAACCUCAUCGGCAGCACCAACAUGUUGCCCUCUCCCGUCCCCGCCGCCGGCAACAGUCCGCAGCAGCAGCAACAGCAGCAGCAGGCACCCCAGCUGCAACAGCUGCACAAGCUGCAGGCGUUGUCACCAGACCCGGACACCAACAGUUCGAGCCUCGGUCUCCACGACAGCAGCCUGCUGCUCGGGGUCGGGCCCGACCCUCCUCUCACUCCCAUUCGUCUCCCCACAAAGAGGGAGAGGUCCCUGAGCCCAUCCGAGCCCAUGACACCCAUUGGACUCAGCCCUCCAUCACCUGCAGACUCGACAAUGUCAUUUGCAUCAUCAAGUCGAGAUUUCGAUCCUCGAACAAGGCCAUUCUCAGACGAGGAACUUAAACCACAGCCCAUGAUUAAAAAGUCUCGUAAGCAGUCCGCAGGAAUGCAUCAAGGUGGGCUGGCAGAGGACGACAUGCUCUCAUUCAAUUUCGUCCCAGAAGGAUUGAAAGAUGAGAAAUACUGGGCUCGACGACGCAAGAAUAACAUGGCAGCAAAGCGUUCUAGGGAUGCCCGCCGCAUGAAAGAAAACCAGAUAGCCCUGCGGGCAGGAUACCUAGAGAAGGAGAAUAUGGGAUUAAGACAAGAGAUUGAACGGUUGAAGAAAGAAAAUUUGGUACUACGAGAUCAAGUAGCAAAAUUUCCAGCAGAUGUGUGAGACACUAACGUGUUUCAUCUGAAGAGAAAUCUUUGGUAGGCUAAAAUUAAUCUCUAACUGCCGGUCAGCCUUUUGCACUCCAGGUUAAAGAUAUUGAAUGUUAAGUCAACAGAGGUUAGAGGUAGCUAGUAUGAAAGCUAUUUUACUUAUUAUAUUGUACAUAUUUACAAAUGUUAUUUUUAAGUACAUUGCAGCCAAUGUUAUUUCUUUAUGGUUUAUAAAGACGGAAUCGACUGCUGUUAGCGUAUUUUUAUGUUGUCCGUCUAUGUUCGAGUUACUUUCACUGUUAUUUCAUUUACAGUCAACGCAUCCUUUGAACAAAAAUGUUUAAUGUGUUAAUUUUGGUGAACCAAAUUAGUUCUAUGACAUCUGCAAGCCACCAUCUUAAAAUCUAUUGAUUUUGUAUCAAUUGAAUGAACUAAACUAUAUGCUACCGACUAUUCUCAAAUACUAUUAAAAUUAGUAUGAUUUUCCAAAGGUCUGUAAAAGGGAAGAUUGAAUCAUAUGCACCUUCUAAUGGUUUGUUUGUUGUUUAUUCUCGUUUUUUCUUGAAGGGGGGGGGGGGGGAUUUUGAUUUUGAUUGGUAAUGUUGAAAAAUUUGUGUCGAUAAUGAAAUUGCUCUCUGUAAGAAUCUGUGUUCGUUUCUUCGAAUAGAGGUUUGGGCAUUGUGAUGUUUUAUUCAUACUUGUCGCUUAAGUAGUUGUGAAAGUAGUCGUAAACAAACAACUGAUGCUUAAAUAUACUGCUACCCUGAAAGUUGAAUGUUUGCAAUCAACAGGUAGAUAUAUAUUUGGAGUGCUACCUCUGACUUGUACAUACAAGCAUUUUAAGUAUCCAUAUUAUAUGUAUGUCCAAAAUAUCCAAAAAUGAAAGUGUCUUUUACGAAAGUGUGAAUUUUAAAUGAAAUACUUGUAGACUAAAUAUGUGAUAUGCCUAUCCGUUAAGGACGUCACCAGCGACAUCGUGGUUACCAUUACCCUACUCUUAGUGUGUGUGCGUGUGUGUACUGAUGUGGAGGCAGACAUCCAUAAUGGACAGCUUACAAACCUUUUGGUCGGGUAGAUAGUAGUGUUUAGAGGUAGUUUUGUUAUAAAAAUAUCCUUAGAUCUCGCGGUUGCAGGUGUUGAAAAGCCUAUUUUCUUACAGAUGUACAAUUUACUAUUAAUUCCAUUGUAAAUUAUAAACCGAAGGCUCUCAGAAUAUUUUGCAAUUGUGAGCAUUGAAGUUGGCAGCUAUGAUUGUGCUGUUGUUUUUUUGUUGUAAAGUGGCGUAUAUGACUGGACUGACUGGCUUCUGACAGGUGUAGACCAAAGGCUUCGCUCUGAAGGGAAAGUCAGUGUAAGAAAGGCAACCGAGUACAACCUCGUGGCCGUGCAGGUUUGCCUACCCUACAGGGACUUCCCGACUCCCCUUUCCGACAUUCAGAUCAACUCUACGGCAGUUCGUGUUGCUCAGAAGUCCAUAAUUUACAAGAUAGUCAUGUGCCGACUUUGCCCUUACGUGCCAACAUAACUCAUAAAUUUAUUAACAUGAAGUGAAGCUGGCAUUUAUAUGCUUCACCUAGCUUCACCUCGCUUCACUUCGCGUUAGUUGAUUCUAAUGGAUGAUAACACCAGUCAGUCUUACGAUGGUCGCUCAUAUUUUAGCGUCACUUUCCUUUGUCAGAAGAGUGCAAGUAUACUUAGAUAAGCAUCAUUUGUAAAGUGUAGUGAAGCCCAGGUAUGCGGCCACCUUAAGAUGACAAAAUAGGCAUUUGCACCUAAAGUUUGCUAUUGGCACAAAUCGUCAAGAAAUUUGACCCUGUAUUUAUAUUUAUUUUAAAGGACGAAUCAUUACAAUAUGUUGCAACUCUUUGUCUUGGCCAAUCAUUUUAUUUGAUGUGCUACUUUUUAAAAAUGUAUAACAGCUGCUUUCUAUUUAUGAAUAUUCUGAGAGUAUCCUGUAUAUUAUAUCUAGAUUUAUUUUAUUUAUUUUGAUGAUAACGUUGCAACAAAUAAAAAUAGCAAACGGGUGAUGAGUCUGGAAUGAUUAAAUUUUGUGACAAAUGAUAUCUAAACCAUGUGAGAGCUGUGGCAAAUUCUGUACAAACAUCAUAUUGCAAAUGAUGAAAAUUGCUCUCUUUACAAGAAGGGUAAGUGUUGUUAUAGCGUAUGAUUUUUUAGACCAUGUCGUAGUGCAGCUGAGCUAAGAAGAGAUUGAUGUGGAAAUGUAGGUACCGUUCAGUUUCACUGAUAAUUUGUUACCAGCAAAGCUAGCACGUGUAGUAUUCUUUACUUUAAGAAAUUUUGUGGGGUUUUCCUGUCAAACUAUGAACAAAGACGUAAUUAUUGUAAUUUUGGUGCUCAGCACAAUGAAUUUCAUUUCUAUAUUUAUUUCUCAGCACUUUUCUACGAAGCCUCAAUGUUUCUUAUUCUGUGCUUGAUCUAUAUUACAUGCGUAUCAGUGCUGUUUCAGUGUGCAAUCCACGGUGAUAGAUGAGAAUUGUCUUGUUUUUCUUUCAUCUUUAUGUUUAUUUAACUUUUCUGUCCAGUAAGCUACCCUUAACAAUUUUAUAUUCUUUGAUGUAAAUAUUUCAUUUGAUACUGCUUGUUUCUUGUAGAUACUUCUUGUUUGUUUUGAUUUGUUGAAGAGUGUUUACCCUGAGAACUUUUUUUUUAUUACUGUGGAAGAGUGAUGCAUUGUUGAGGUUUUGAUUCGAUUAUGUAUCCCGUAACCAGAUAAUAUAUGAUAGAGCAUUCAUUAGCUUCUCCUAAUGUUUGAAACUUUGUGGAUUGGAUCAGCUGAAUUUAACAGAUUCUGGGAAGGCAAAACAUUUCCAGAAUAAUUACAUGAUAUGCUGGGCAUCUAAUAAAAUUGGUUUGUGAGGAUUUAUUGAAAUGAAGUUUAUUAUUUGUUCUGUAUAACUUAAAACGUUUAGUAUGUGUUAAAGUUUUAAACUUCUGUGUUCUUAUAAGCUUGCAAUGAAAUUUCGCUUUUGAAAAUAUAUCUUAAAACCAGCCGUAGUUUCAGUGCUUUUCUCAAUUGGACAGUUUUGGUGUGACCUCUAUAAAAUAAAAGUAAUUCCAACACAA